AAUUUAUUUGAUUAGAACAAAAAUAAAAAAAGGAUAUUCAAUGCGAGCGCCUGACUGUUGGGGGGGCCAGGCCCAUAGUACUCCAUAAACCCUAGUUAGAGUCUGAGAGUGGCAUAUAUAUACCGCAGAAAGACACAAAAUUAGGGUUUGUGUUUGUGAUCUCUAGAGAACCAACAAUGGCGUCCAAGAGAGGUCGCGGUGGAAAUGCGGGUAACAAGUUCAGGAUGUCGCUCGGUCUUCCGGUGGCGGCUACGGUGAACUGCGCCGACAACACUGGUGCCAAGAACCUCUACAUCAUCUCCGUUAAGGGGAUCAAGGGCCGCCUUAACCGUUUGCCUUCCGCUUGCGUCGGCGACAUGGUGAUGGCCACCGUCAAGAAGGGGAAGCCUGAUCUCCGUAAGAAGGUGCUGCCAGCUGUCAUCGUCCGCCAGCGCAAGCCCUUCCGCCGAAAGGACGGUGUUUACAUGUACUUCGAAGAUAAUGCUGGAGUAAUUGUGAAUCCCAAGGGUGAAAUGAAAGGUUCGGCUAUCACUGGUCCAAUUGGAAAGGAGUGUGCUGAUCUAUGGCCUAGGAUUGCAAGCGCAGCCAAUGCCAUUGUUUGAGUUUGAUUUCUAGCAAUUAUAUAUGUUAAAGUUUCUGCUUGUUAAAGAAGCCUCCGAUUUUGGUUUUAGCUUCAGCUGUACUGAAUGUGAUAGAGAUUUAUAUUAUUAUAACUUAUGUGAGAAACUUUUUAUGGCAUUAAGUGGUAGUUUUAAA